ACUACAUCUUCCAGAACCCUCGCGCCCUGCGUCGUGCUGGCACUUUUACCGGCCGGGCCUUAGAGCGCAGCCUGUAGCCGGGUGCCAUCUUUGACGCUGGCAGUCUUGGUUUUCUGCUAGUGCUGCUGCUGCUGGGAGGACGACGGACGGCAGCGGCCAAGCAAGAAGAAAGACGUGGCAGCAAGCGGGAGUCGGGGAUAGUGUCAUCGGUUCGGGUCCCACUACUUUGGAGCUUGUCUCAAACUCCACAUACGGAAAGCCACCGACCUUAUUCCGAUUAUAUUGUUCAGCUAUGGAAGAUGGAUUUUUUUUCAUGAUCCUUUGACUCUCAAGUUCGUCUUUAAGUGAACUCUUUUUUUUUUGUUUUGUUUUUGAGGAGAUAACUAACCCUAGCUGUCUCCAGUCUGACAAAGGUUAUUUGAAUGGACUUAAUCUCCCAGUAGUUGGGAGAUGUUUUAAAAACACAUGCUGUGUUUGAAUUGUGGCUGAGAGGUUUUCUUGGCAAUGUGAGGAGGAAAAUUUUUUCUGCCUCAUUAUUAUUAAUUCAUGGAUUGAGUGUUGGUUCGACCUACAGGCGUAAUAGAUUGGAACUCAGUGAAGACACAGACGUUCCUGUUGAGAGCAACCAGCUAAUGAUUACAGUUUAAAGACGAUUUCUGUGAUCAAGUUGUCAUUUGGAAGAUUAAACCCAUUUCACGAGGACUUGGAGCCUGGUCCUUGCUUUGAGGAAGCAGUGGCUUGUUUCAAGAAGCCACUUCUGAUCUAAGAAUCUACCCAGCAUGCCUAAUCAAGGAGAAGACUGCUAUUUUUUUUUCUAUUCUACAUGUACCAAAGGUGACAGCUGCCCAUUCCGUCACUGUGAAGCUGCACUAGGAAAUGAAACUGUUUGCACAUUAUGGCAAGAAGGGCGCUGUUUUCGACGGGUGUGCAGGUUUCGGCACAUGGAGAUGGAUAAAAAACGCAAUGAAAUUCCUUGUUAUUGGGAAAAUCAGCCAACAGGAUGUCAAAAAUUAAACUGCGCUUUCCAUCACAAUAGAGGACGAUAUGUUGAUGGCCUUUUCCUACCUCCGAGCAAAAGUGUGUUGCCCACUGUGCCUGAGUCACCAGAAGAGGAAGUGAAGGCUAGCCAACUUUCAGUUCAGCAGAACAAAUUGUCUGUCCAGUCCAAUCCUUCCCCUCAGCUGCGGAGCGUUAUGAAAGUAGAAAGUUCCGAAAAUGUUCCUAGCCCCAAGCAUCCAGCAGUUGUAAUUAAUGCUGCAGAUGAUGAUGAAGAUGAUGAUGAUCAGUUUUCUGAGGAAGGUGAUGAAACCAAAACACCUACCCUGCAACCAACUCCUGAAGUUCACAAUGGAUUACGAGUGACUUCUGUCCGGAAGCCUGCAGUCAAUAUAAAGCAAGGUGAAUGUUUGCAUUUGGAACCUUCAAAAACUGAUGAUUCUACUUCAGGAGCAAGAAGCUCCUCCACUAUCCGUAUCAAAACCUUCUCUGAGGUCCUGGCUGAAGAAGAACAUAGGCAGCAGGAAGCAGAGAGACAAAAAAGCAAAAAGGAUACAACUUGCAUCAAGCUAAAGACUGAUAGUGAAAUUAAAAAAACAGUAGUUUUGCCACCCAUUGUUGCCAGCAAAGGACAAUCAGAGGAGCCUGCAGGUAAAACAAAGUCCAUGCAGGAGGUGCACAUGAAGACGCUGGAAGAAAUUAAACUGGAGAAGGCACUGAGGGUGCAGCAGAGCUCUGAGAGCAGCACCAGCUCCCCGUCUCAACAUGAGGCCACUCCAGGGGCAAGGUUGCUGCUGCGAAUCACCGAAAGAACAUGGAGGAAAGAAGAGAAGAACCUUCAGAAAGGACAUGAAGUUGAUUUUCAGAGCAGUAUUAGAAUAGAAGGUACAGAGGCUUCAGUUGAGACCACAGGAGUUGACAUCACUAAAAUUCAAGUCAAGAGAUGGGAGACCGUGAGAGAGAUGCGCAUGCAGAAACAGCAGGAGAGGGAAAAAUCAGUCUUGACACCUCUUCAGGGAGAUGUAGCCUCUUGCAAUACCCAAGUGGCAGAGAAACGAGUGCUCACUGCUGGGCCAGGAAUCACAUGGCACCUGACCAAGCAGCUUCCCACAAAGUCAUCCCAGAAGGUGGAGGUAGAAACCUCAGGGAUUGGACACUCAUUAUUGAAUGUGAAAUGUGCAGCACAGACCUUGGAAACAAGGGGUAAAGCUGAACCCAAAGUGAACGUGAAGCAAUCUGUGGUUAAAGUUGUGUCAUCCCCCAAAUUGGCCCCAAAACGUAAGGCAGUGGAGAUGCACCCUGCUGUCACUGCCGCUGUGAAGCCACUCAGCUCCAGCAGCGUCCUACAGGAACCCCCAGCCAAAAAGGCAGCUGUGGCUGUUGUCCCGCUUGUCUCUGAGGACAAAUCAGUCACUGUGCCUGAAGCAGAAAAUCCUAGAGACAGUCUUGUGCUGCCUCCAACCCAGUCCUCUUCAGAUUCCUCACCCCCGGAGGUGUCUGGCCCUUCCUCAUCCCAAAUGAGCAUGAAAACUCGCCGACUCAGCUCUGCCUCAACAGGAAAGCCCCCACUCUCUGUGGAGGAUGAUUUUGAGAAACUAACGUGGGAGAUUUCAGGAGGCAAAUUGGAAGUUGAGAUUGACCUGGAUCCUGGGAAAGAUGAAGAUGACCUUCCGCUUGAGCUAUGAGAAAUGAUUGAUAGCUGAAGGUGGUAGUGAGGACACUUUAAAAAAAAAUCGCCAAAAAACUGGACUUAGUUUCAUCUAUUGUAACAUUUACCUGAGAUGAUCAUUUCUUUAGUCUAGAAUUUGCCCCAAAUCAGAAGUAUACCUCUGAAUUAUC